CCUUCCAUCAAUCUAAACUCCAAAAUGACCCGCGAUGACAUCAGGAGAUAAAGAUGAUGACGACGACCAGCGGAGAAGACGGACCACGUCUCGUAUCGACCGGCCGGUCUAGAAGCCGUGGCCCAACUCCUCAUCCCAGCUGGUCGGAAGUAUAUUGACGGUUGGAGCGACUAUAACAUCGCCCACCCCUCCUCUCCUCACGUAGAGGGUAUCCGGAGUAUAUCCUCAGGACCCAAUUUACCUUGUAGGCCCCGCGACUGCACUUCACCAUGAAGCAUUUCCAAAUCUGGGCGCUGGCAGCUCUCCCGCUGACAUCCGCCUUCCUGAUCCCUCCCAAGCAACAGACGAUUCUCCAUGAACCGAAGCAGCAAACCGAGCUGGAAGAGACGCACCGAUCAUUCGACGCUCUCCGGACCCUUGUAUCAGCCUUGAACUCCCCCCCGCCCGUGGAGCAGAUCACUACCUGGUUCGAUGAGCUGGAGGACGGAUGGGUGCCUGAGAAAGUCAGCCAGCUGCCUCCGCCGUUCCGCCGGCCGUCUCCGCCGCCGCAUCCCCACCAUCCGCCCUCCAACAAGAGUCUUUACGACCUAAUCUCCGACAACCCGCACACCACCAUCUUGGCGCAGAUCGUGAAAGAUGACGAGCAUCUCGUGCACCUGCUGAACUGUACAUCCGCGAAGCUCACCUUCUUCGCGCCCACCGACGAAGCCUUUGCCAAAAUCCCGCACCACCGGCACCGACACCAUCACCACGAUGAUGACGAUGAGGAUGACAAUGAAGACGGAGGGGGAGACCACGAAAAGCCGCCGCCGGAACUCAUCCGCGCGGUCAUCAAAUACCACCUCGUUUCAUCGAUCUACACCCCCGCCGAGCUCUUCCACGCUCACACGCUGCCCACCCUGCUGACCGAGCCGCUGCUCAGCCCUGAAGCGGACGCGGACUCCCGCGAUGCGAACCCAAACGAGGACAACGGAGAAGGAGAGAAACUCCUCCCGCAACGCCUCCACAUCCACGCAAGCUGGAAAGGCCUCACGCUAAACCUGUACAGCCGGAUCAUCGCGGCCGACAAACACGCCGCCAACGGGCUCCUGUACACCAUCGACUCGAUCCUGGUGCCGCCGCCGAGUGCAUUGACAGUGCUGACGAUCGUGCCGUCGAAGUUUAGUACCUUCGUGCUGGCGCUGCAUCAGACGGGGUUGGCGGAGUGGUUUAACCAUUCCCAUUCCCACCCCCACUCCCCCAAUAUCAACCCCAAAGGAGAAGUAAGAGGGAGGGGAGGAACCUAUCUCCCCCCCACAAACCGCGCCUUCGCAUCCCUGGGCCUCAAAGCCAACGCCUUUCUGUUCUCACCCUGCGGCACGCCGUACCUCCGCGCGUUACUUAAAUACCAUCUCGUGCCGCACCGUACUCUAUAUUCGGAUACGGUGUAUACGCACCAGGGAAGAAUCGAGAAGAUCGGGCCUGGACUGCAUCAUUUUGAUGUGCCCACGUUGCUGGAGGGCCAUGACUUGGCGGUUGAUGUCGCGAAUUUGGGCCCCUGGGCCGGCGUUACGGCUGCUGGUGUCGAGGUUGCCGUGGCGGAUUUGCCCGUGAGGGAUGGCGUAUUGCAUGUUCUUUCGAGGGGGGUUUUGGUUCCUCGUUGUCAUAGGGGGAAAGAGGGUAAGGGGGAGAAGGGUGGAGAGGGGGAGAUGGAGGUUGAGGAGUUGAAGGGUCGAUUGAGGGGUUUGGUUGAUUUGGAGAUGGAUUUGGGUUUGGAGGGUGGGGUGGGGCUUGAUGAGGAGGACACUGAGGGCCAGGGUGAUGCUGGCGCGGUUUGGGGAAAAUUGCAUGAUCUUUUGGAGCUAUAA